UAGUUGGCAGUUCAUAUUAUAUUGCUCCAGAAUUCCUUGCUGGGGCCUAUAAUGAAGCACCAGAUGUAUGGAGCGCCGCCGUGAUUCUUUACAUUCUUCUGUGGGCAACCUCCUUUCUAUGGGGAUACCAAGGCACAGAUUUUUGAUGAAGUAAGGGCAGCAGACAUAUGUCUUCUAGGGGAACCUUGGGACCAUGUAUCUGCUUCUGCUAAGGAUUUGAUCAGAAGAAUGCUUUGCAGAGAUCCGAAGCAUAGACUUAAUGCAGCAAAGGUCUUAGACCAUUGCUGGUUUAAAAAUGAAGAGAAGCUCUUGGGAGAUGAAGGCCAGUUUGGCUUACUCAAACACUCUUUGCCGGAGCAAUCGAUUCCCAUAAACUGUGAUUUCGUCGUGAACUCCAGCAACGUGGUUUGUAGUGAUGUUCGGCGGGACUUCUCCCCUUCGUUUACUUGCAAAACGUCAUUUUCUUCCUUUUUGGUUGAUGCAACGGGUUGUUCGCCAUCCACUGGCCUUUCGUUUAGGAGGUCUGUGUCUAGUGAUGAAGAGUGCUAUACCCCAAUAGCUUCAGUGUCGAGCUUUGCAUUCUUCGCUCCCUGCACUCCAGACGAAAGGAGAACUCAACUGCCAAUGAAGGAGGGAAAAACAAAUGAAAACCCAACAGGAACAGGGCCAACACCAUUCAAGACCAAGCGAUUGACGAUUCAUUCAUGAUUCAAGAAGAAGAAGAAGAACCCUACUGGCUACCAGCUUGACCCUUGUUGCUUGCGCCGCUGCGAGCCUGCAAGUGCUGCGUUGCCCUUCGCUCGCCGGUUCGCCUCGCCCCUUUGGCCUUCGCCCUUCACCCUUCGGCAGUUUCAGUCUUUCAUAUGGAGUUUUCGGGUGAAUUUGGGCGGGCUGCGAGCAAAAUCAUCCUACUAACCGAAUUUGGGCGGGCUGCAAGCAAAAUCCAUCCUCCAAGUUGGAUUUGGAUUGGAUUGAAAUAAAAUUUGAAGAACAAAUUUAGGUUUGGCAUAUACUUUUCCUUAUUUAUGUUCAAAUCCAAAUUUGAAUCCAAAUAUGUAUAACUGAUAAUUCACAUAUGACGAUGGGGUACAUUCGAUUUGAAUUCCAUUUGUUGACAUGCCUGAUUAAAACAGCUUUAUCUCA